AUGACCACACACCUCCGCUCCGCCUACCGCGCCGUCCUCCGCGAGCUCCCCCGCCGCCAACUCGCAAACCCAACCCCCCUCCAGCAACGCAUCCGCGAAGCCUUCCGCGCCCCGGCCGCGGCGCCUCACGAUCCCCAGAGCGAGCAGCGCAUCCAGGAAGCGGCGCAGCUGGCGGAGUAUGCGCGCGCGCAGCGGACGUAUGCGGCGCUCGUGGAGCGGUAUAAUCCGGGGAUGACGAUGGAUGAGCAGGAGAAGAUUCGGUUGACGGCGAGACGGGUGGGAUUUGAUUUGCCGGUUGAGGGGGAGAAGGAGGGGGGGAAGAAGGAGUGA